AUGCCACCUUUAACCGAGAUUUUAAGCAUGCUGAAGGGGCAAGCCUUUGGGAAAACAUGGAUACCAAAGAUCAGUUUGGAGGGAAAGACUGUCAUCGUCACUGGCGCAAACACCGGUCUAGGGCUCGAAUGUGCAAAGCAUCUCGCGCGACUCAAUGCAUCGCAAAUUAUUCUCGCCUGUCGAAGCAAAAACAAAGGCGAAGCAGCGAGGAACGCCAUCAUUAAGGAUACAGCCUGCGCGAAGCGCACCAAUAUCGAGGUUUGGGAACUUGAUCUCGCCAGCUUCGCCUCUGUACUCGCUUUUGGCGUGCGCGUUCGCACCAAGCUGGACCGCUUAGACGCUUUCGUCGCCAACGCAGGGGUCGAGGUGCAAGACUGCCAGUAUGCAGAAGGCCUUGAGCUUCAGUUGACGGUAAACGUUGUAUCGUGUUUCUUGUCUGCCAUUUCGGUACUCCCAAAGCUUCGAUCAACAGCUGAGGCGCACAAUGUCGACACGACACUGACGUUUUGUGGAUCUAUGUACCACAUCAUGGGCCCCGACGCUGAGCUUGAUAUUCCGGAGGGCGCUGAAACAUUCGCGACUCUCAGCGACCCCAAGCGAACCGACUUCAUCUGGCGGUAUGCUUUGACGAAGCUCAUGGUCCAUCAUUGCUACCACAAACUCGCCGCUUGCCUGUCAAAUAGUUCGAGACAGGAUUGGUUCCGCGUUAUCGUCAAUAUGAUAAACCCAGGCUGGUGUGAGACGGAACUAUCACGUGUAAAGCCACACCCUUUUGGCGAGCGAGCGAGUUUUGCGCUAAUUGGGUGGAGUGCCGAGAAGGGAAGUCGGGCUUAUAUUCAUGCGAUAUCGGCAGGAAGAGAAAGCCAUGGCCGAUACCUAUCUGAGUGCGAGUUCAAGCAGGAGUCAGGGUACGUUCGGAGCGAGAGAGGACAGCGGAAUGAAGAGAAGAUUUGGAAGGACCUCCUGCGGAAGAUGAACGAGAUCUCGCCGGAGGUAGUUGGAUUUAUCGCCUGA